AUGUCGCUCCAGAGCUGGGAAAUGAAAGCCCAGAAAGGUAGAGACAUCUUACAAAACUCCAUUCCAAAACAAUGGCUUCUCUCCGCCGAUAAGCUCCCGCCCGCAACACAGAAGAAUGUCAUGGCCUUUCCACGGCAGAGCGGAUUGCUCAGUGAGCGUGAGCUCAGUAUCACCGACAUGCCUGCCACGGUACUGGUGGCGGAGAUGGGGAAGGGCAGUCUCACGGCCGAGGAAGUGGUUGUCGCAUUCUUGAAGAGGGCCGUUCUGGGGCAUCAGCUGCUGAAUUUUGCGACGGAGUUUAUGGCUGAUGAGGCUAUUGCUCGCGCUAAAGAAUUGGAUGCUUAUUACCAGAAGACGGGGAAAUUGAUUGGCCCUCUACAUGGUGUCCCUAUUAGCGUCAAAGAGCACAUUGGCUUCAAGAACCGCACCUGCAAUACAGGAUACGUCUCUUGGAUCGACAAGGUUACGCCAGAAGAUGCGAUGCUGCUACAGUUGCUUGCAAACGCAGGAGCCAUAUUUCACGUGCGAACAAACCAACCUCAGUCCCUGAUGCACCUUUGCUGCAGCAACAACAUCACUGGCCAGACACUCAACCCGCACAACCGUGAACUUACCCCCGGCGGCUCUUCAGGUGGCGAAGGCGCCUCAAUGGGCUUCUGCUGUGCGCCACUAGGCAUUGGCACAGAUAUCGGCGGGUCGAUCCGAUGCCCUGCAGCGUUUUGCGGCGUUUAUGGGUUCCGGCCCACAGCACUGCGCAACCCGCUUGUAGGCAUCAAGGUUGCCGCGGUGGGCCAGGAGUCUAUUCGCGGUGUCGUAGGGCCAUUAGCAAGUCGCUCUUUGGAGGAUCUGGAGUUGUUCCAGCGUGUUGUACUGGACCAGGAGCCAUGGGAUGUCGAUACGUCCUUAGUCCCCCUUCCGUGGAAGAGGGUGAUUCCGAGCAGGGAUUUUACUAUUGCUAUUAUGUGGGAUGACGGCUGUGUCCGACCUCAUCCGCCCAUCACCCGAGCUCUACGCCUUGCGCGAGACAAGUUGGUGGCAGCUGGUAUCAAAGUCGUGGAUUGGGAACCAUACAACCACGACCAUGGCUGGGAAAUCAUAUCGUCCCUCUACUACCCCGAUGCGGCCACCCUCCAACACAAACAACUCCAAGCAAGCGGCGAGCCUGCCCGCCCACUAAGCGACUGGUCUUUCUCCUACAGCAAAGGCAAGACUCUCACGCAUCACGAAACAUGGGCCCUCCAAGAAGCGCGGGAUAUCUACCGCGACGAGUACCAUGCGCUUCUCAAACGGCGCGGCGUGGACUUCAUUCUUGGUCCUGCGUAUCCGGCUGCGGCUGCUGUGUUGGGAGAGUCACAUUACUGGAACUAUACGGCUAUCUGGAACGUGUUGGAUCUACCAGCUGCCGUUUUCCCUUCGGGGCUGGUUGUUGAUAGUGAGUUAGACAAACUAACGGCUCAUGAUGCGAAGUAUAUACCACGAAGCGAGACAGAUGAGAGGGAAUGGAAGAAGUACCAAGGCCCCGACAGGUAUGAGAAGGCACCAGUGGCGCUGCAGAUUGCUGGGAGACAUUUCAAGGACGAGGAGACUCUGGCCGCGGCUAGGGUUGUUGAGGAUGUUGUGAAUGGUGCGAAGGAAUCAAAACUUUAG